GGGGUGGCGGUGUCACACCCUCUGCGGUCCCCCAGCGCCAGGGGCGGAAGUGAAGAUGGAGGCGUUGAUCUUCAUCUUCUCGCUGGUUGACUGCUGCGCCUUGAUUUUUCUGGCAGUUUAUUUCAUAAUAACACUGUCAGACUUGGAAUGCGAUUACAUCAAUGCAAGAGCAUGCUGCUCCAAACUGAACAAGUGGGUGCUGCCUGAGCUCGUCGGCCUGGGAAUUGUAACUGCACUGAUGCUCAUCUCCAUGCACUGGUUCAUCUUCCUUCUUAAUCUUCCGGUUGCUGCCUGGAAUUUGUACAGGUUCGUGACCAUCCCCUGCGGAAACAUGGGGGUUUUCGACCCAACUGAGAUCCACAACAGGGGACAGCUCAAAACCCACAUGAAGGAGGCCAUGGUGAAAUUGGGCUUUCACUUACUCUGCUUCUUCAUUUACCUGUACAGUAUGAUUCUAGCUUUAAUCAACGACUGAGACAUUCCUGGUCGGCGACUCCUCCAGAUCCUCAGGGAUUCCCGUCAGGACAGUCCCGCCCACUCCGUUGAAUUCCAUUGGAAAAUGACUUCUCAAGGAGACAAGUAAAAAAGGCAUCAUGCAGUUUAUUUUUUUUGCACCAGAGUCGAAAUGUUUUUUGCAUUAUUUUUUAGCAAUAAAAGUUGGUGUUUAAAAUAUAAA